AUGAUCGGGGCCAUUCCCUCACUGAUGCUGGCGCUGAUGUCAUUGAGUGUGGCCGGCGCCUUCCGAUCCAUUCGCACCGAGCCGGAGGUGUCCAGGAACAUCCAUUUAAUGACAGAUCAGAGUCCGUCACUGUCAGUGACGUCGGCGCCUUCCCGGGUGUUGACGCGGCGCGGCGGCAAUGCCAUCUUACCCUGCGCCAUCCAAAGGGACCGAUCGCUGGCACCCAAUCCAAAGAUGAGGAUCAAGUGGACCAAGCUGACCUCCGACUUCCUAACUGAAGUGGAUAUUUUGGCCGCCGUGGCUGACCACAAGAGAAGUUACGGGAGUUUUCACGGCCGUGCGCGCUUGAGAGGCUCCUCCCCCUCAGACGCCUCACUGGUCAUCGAUAACAUCACGCUGGAGGAUUACGGGAGGUACAAAUGCGAGGUCAUCGACGGCCUGGAAGAUGCCACGGCCAUCGUGUCGCUCGACCUGGAAGGCGUGGUGUUCCCGUACUCCCCCCGCCUGGGCCGGUACCGUCUCAACUUCCGGGACGCCGAAAGGGCUUGCCGAGAGCAGGACGCCGUGUUGGCAUCCCCGGAGCAGCUGCGCCAGGCCUGGCGAGGAGGCAUGGACUGGUGUAACGCCGGCUGGCUGAGCGACGGCUCGGUGCGCUACCCCGUUAACUCCCCCAGGGAGCCCUGCGGCGGCCGUCGCACAGCACCGGGUGUUCGUAGCUACGGAUUCCGGGACAAAGACAAGGACCGCUACGAUGUCUUCUGCUUCACGUCCCACUUUAAAGGUGAAUUGUACUUCCUGCCGCCCGGCGCCAAGCUGACGUACGGGGAAGCGGUAGAGGCGUGCCGGCGGGAUGGCGCCCGGCUGGCCAAGGUGGGCCACUUGUACGGUGCCUGGAAGCUGGCUAACUACGACCGCUGCGACGCCGGCUGGCUGGAGGACGGCAGCGUCCGCUACCCGGUGGCCAAGCCCCGCCCCCGAUGUAGCCCUACCGCCCGCGCCGUCCGCUUUAACGGCUUCCCUGACAAGAAGCACAAACUCUACGGCGCCUACUGCUACAGGGAGCGAGCCUGA